UGCUGUUUGUUCACUUUCAAGUGUCCGCAGAAAAGUCUGAUCCAAUGAGCGCCUCCAAAGACUGCCCCCUUCGGAGGAGAGGUUGAGUUUCCAUAUUUGUUACACAGGACGAAAAUGCAUAAAGUCCACAGAAGGCAGCAGUCGAGUCAGCACACACAGGUGGAGAAUGGGAAUGGGUCAUGACCAGGAGGAGUUUGCAAUGAGUGGACUUGUAGGAUUGUUUUAAGUUUGGAUUAUGCUCGUCAUCCUCAUUUGUAGCUCUCACCGUUUCCACUGAGCUUGCAGACUCAAUACAGUUUAUUCCUCAUUUUGCUCCUGCAUUCUUUAAUGAAUGCAAACAUCGUCAUGUUUAUCAGAACAUCUUUUCUCCUUUACUUUGUGGUGGUACUUUUAAAACUUGCUCGGUGCAUGGAAAGUGAACUUUGCUUCCCGAUUAAACUGGAUAACCCCAACCAUGACAGGAGAUACUCUGACAACGACGUGGACAUCCUUAAAGGAAAACGUGUCAUCAAAAUAGAAGCUUUUCAUCAGGAAUUAGUGAUCGAUUUGCAACAGGACUCACAUUUCAUCGCUCCAUCCAUCUCUAACCAAGACGCACAAAGGAUCUCCAACGAGGACGCAACAGCUGAUCUGAGCCGGUGUUUUUACUCCGGAUAUGUGAAUUCAGACCCGUAUUCUUACGCUGCUCUGAGCCUCUGCAAAGGUUUACAGGGUGCAUUUGGCUUUCAAGGAUGGGAAUAUUUUAUCAGCCCGGUGCAAAAUGACACCACAAGCGCUGAGAGCGCGCACAUCAUCCGGCGCCGAACCAGCAACAAUCUGAAGCUCAAUUCCACCUCCCGGUGCGCAGUGGACAGCGACAUCAGUGUCCAGCUUGCGCAAUCAUUGGAGAAAUACAGACGAAUGAGAGAUUACAACAAUGUGACUGAAACGAUGCUGAGGAGGAUGGGGAGAUCCAAGAGGUUCGCUUCAGUGCCGAGGUACGUGGAGACGCUCGUGGUAGCAGACGAGUCUAUGGCACAGUUCCACGGAGAUGACCUGAAACAUUACCUCCUGACACUGAUGUCAGUGGCAGCCAGGCUCUACAAACACCCCAGUAUUCUCAACUCCAUUAGCAUCGCAGUGGUAAAGAUCAUGAUUAUAACCGAGGAGGACAAAGGACCCAAAGUUUCCGGGAACGCAGCCAUGACCCUGCGUAACUUCUGCACCUGGCAAAAGAAGCUGAACAAGAACAACGACAAGCACCCGGACUACUGGGACACGGCAAUCCUUUUUACUAGACAGGACCUGUGUGGAGCCUCCACCUGUGACACUCUGGGCAUGGCGGACGUCGGCACUAUGUGCGACCCCAAGAGAAGCUGUUCUGUAAUCGAAGAUGACGGCCUCCCCUCGGCUUUCACUACCGCACACGAGCUUGGACAUGUGUUCAACAUGCCCCACGACAACGUGAAGGCCUGUGAAGACGUGUUUGGAAAACUGCAGGACAACCACAUGAUGUCUCCAACUCUAAUCCAGAUCAACCGCACCAGCCCCUGGUCCCCCUGCAGUGCUGCCAUCAUCACUGAAUUCCUGGACAGCGGACACGGAGAAUGUUUGCUCGACCAGCCUCAGAAACCGAUGGUCCUCCCUGACAUCCUGCCAGGAGCUGCCUACAAUGUUGACCGUCAGUGUGAGCUCGCGUUUGGAGAAGGAUCCAAGCCCUGUCCAUUUAUGCAGCCACCAUGUGGUCGCCUGUGGUGCACAGGAAAGUCAAAUGGCCAUUUGGUGUGUAUGACUCGUCAUUUCCCCUGGGCUGAUGGCACCCACUGUGGGGAAGAACAAGUCUGCGACCGAGGGAUCUGCUCAAACAAACAAGUGCAGGGUGCAAAGGUGGAUGGGCGCUGGGGAAAGUGGGGCCCAUUUGGUUCCUGCUCACGCACAUGUGGAGGUGGCGUUCAGCUGUCUAAAAGAGAGUGUAACAACCCAAUUCCGUCAAAUGGGGGUAAAUACUGCCAAGGGGUUCGGGUCAAAUACCGCUCCUGCAACCUGAACCGCUGCCCUGACACAGGUAAGACUUACCGUGAGGAGCAGUGUGAGAGCAGUGGACGCAAUUUCAACAGUAACAGAAUCGCCCACUCUGUGGUGUGGGUGCCAAAGUACUCUGGAGUAUCCACCAAUGACAGAUGUAAACUCAUCUGUCGGGCUAAUGGCACCGGCUACUUCUACGUCCUGUCACCCAAGGUUGUGGAUGGAACUCCAUGUUCACCAGACUCCACUGGAGUGUGUGUCCAAGGAAAGUGCAUCAAGGCCGGCUGUGAUGGAAAAAUUGGCUCCAACAAGAAGUUUGAUAAGUGUGGAAUCUGCGGAGGUGAUAACAAAGGCUGCAAGAAGGUGUCGGGACUCUUCACAAAGCCUGAGCAUGGCUACAACUUUGUAGUCAUGUUGCCAGUGGGUGCAGCCAACAUAGACAUCCGUCAGCGAGGCUACAAGGGAAUGAUGAGUGAUGACAACUACUUGGCGGUAAAGAACAGUGAGGGCCAUUACCUGCUCAAUGGAAACUACAUCGUUUCAGCCGGGGAGAGGGACAUUAUUGUGAAGAACAGUCUUCUGCGCUACAGUGGCACAGCCGGACUUUCAGAGACUCUGCAGGCUGUGAAGCCUUUAGGAGAAACCCUGACUGUAGAGGUGCUAUGUGCAGGUCAGAUGACACCUCCUCGCAUCCGCUACUCCUUCUACCUCGCCCGGCAAACCAAGGAGGACAAGACUGUGAAGAAGGAGGAGCGCGUGAAUUCCCCUAACAGUGUCCUGGCUGAGGAUGGCAUCAAGGAGAAAGGUGGUGACAUCCUGAAGAAGUCGUACAGCAAAGUGGAUCCUGUUCUUGGGAAAUGGAUAAACACCAAUUGGGACCGGUGCUCAGUGACCUGUGGCAGUGGUAUCCAAAGAAGGAUGGUUCAGUGUCUUAGACCGGACGGGAAGCCAGGGGUGGACUGUGAUCCUACUCAAAGACCCCCAGCCACUAGGGUUUGUGGAGACCCCUGUCCUGAGUGGUUUAUUGGGCAGUGGUCGCCUUGUUCCAGAACCUGUGGGAAAGGCUUCAAGAGACGACCACUGCAGUGCAAAACCCAAACUGGACACCUACUCCCCAGAGACCACUGCCAAGGCUUACGUAAACCACAGGAGCUGGACUUCUGUAACCUAAGCCCAUGCUAGUAACUUAAAUUUACAGACUCUUUGUUUUAAAUGGACUAAACUGAAUCCACCAGCAAGUAUCAAACACACUCUGUGUCUGUAAGGUGCAGAUUUUCCACCUGCAUCAUGAGACACUUGCUUGGAAGAACUACAAGAAUAUUUAAAACUGCAGGAUGAAUGCUGGAAGAUAUUUUUAUAGCCAUCACUCUGGUUUCAAAUGACAAUACCCAGGUCUUAUUCUGAUGGCAACAGAACAAUUGGAAGGCCAAGUGACUUUUGCAAAAUUGCCUCUACCGUCAGCAGACAUAGAAUGACAAUCAAUCUAGAGUAUCUAAUGAGUCUGGACACCAUUUAAAUUCAUUAUUUUUGAAGUGCAGGGUUGAAAGUUUUGGUUCAGGCCUGCAAAAGAAUUCAUCAAGCCUUUUAGCUGUCCAGGAAAUACUCAUUAAUUUUUCAAGAAGCUAAUACACUAGUACUGGUAGUUAUAACAGAAACUGGACUACAAGGUAAUGCCCAUGGGCUGCACAACACUUUACACACAAAGGACAAUAUAUCUGUUGCUCUGCAUAAUGUACCCUUUUACUCAUCUUUUAGGAUAUUUUCUGUGUCCUCACUAUUAAUUGCCCUUCCCAUAGAGAUUCAAAUCUCUGGACCUGAGUAUUUGCUGCUAGAGAGUUUCCCUUAGAAACAGCAUGAGAAUGAGCAUAUGUUAUUGAUGGAAAAUCAUCUAAACAUUUUAGAGCUUUGAUAAACACUGUGCUGUCAGCAAGUGCCAUCAUCACAUGACAAUUUAGCUAGAGAAAGUACAGCACAGGAAGGAGAUAUAAAAAUGUAGUGUCAUUGACUGUAUAUCAACAUGAACAACUCUCACAUCUCCUACUCUUAAGGUGAAGCCAAAUGUCUUUACAAUGGACGCUAACAUAUUGUUCUGAUGACAACCUUUGGAGCCAAGAUGUGCAAAAGAGAUUGGUUUGUAAAGCAGUGGGGCUGACACCAUGCCUCUUGUGCUAAGCAUACUAUACAUUCAACUUCAAGCAUUAAAGAGUGACUAAACCCUUAGAACUUUUUUUCAGAUCAAAAUGCCUGUACAGAACUGUGCCGAACAUUGAGGCACGUUUGCAUCAAAAAUUGAGGCUGAAGUAAGGCGUAGAAGUGGUGAGUAAGAAGCCUGAAGGCACCAUCAAGCAUAGAUUGACACAAGCCUGGUUGUGCUCUGGAUUUCCAUGCAUAUCCCCAGGGGCAUGAAAAAUAACCUGUUGGAAAAAAAAAAAAAUCCAACAAUUUUAAAACUGUUGGCGGUCUCUGGGUGAAAAGGCCCAGACAAAAGAGAUUCUUGACCUUGGCUAGCCCCAGGUUUUGGCACAUUGGGCCCCAUGAUGAAUCCUUAGUGACUGACUUAUGCGCAUAACUGUAGAUGGGUAUUUAGUAGCACUGCUGAUCAGUCAGAUCCAAAUUUUGGCACUUGAGCACAGAGAACUUAAAUCCUUCAUUUAAAAAAAAAAUGUGCACAGCAACUGCCCUCUACACGUUUAAUCUGUCUACUGCAACUGAAUUAUCCAAAUACUUUUCUACUGGCUGAUCUGGUGGGCUCUAAAUAUUUUGGCCUUAAAUCCAGGCAGCUAUUGAUGAAUCCAUCUUCAUAUGCAGUCUGUGUAUUGGAUUGGCACACUGAGUAGUGAUACUGCAUUUUACUGGUGAUAUGGGUGAUGCUGGUAUUGGAUUGGAAAAUAUUUUUAGACACGAAAACCUACAAUUGGAUCAAAAAAUGAUGUGCUGCAGCAUUACUUAUCCAAUCUAAAAUUAUUUCCUAAAAUCUUUUAGCUAUAGCAAAUCAAAGCCAGUACAAUGAGGAACAGGUUUCUGCCACAAAAGUGACCAAUGUAUCCCUUAAAUCCUAGACAAAAUAGACUUUGUUGUUACAGCCAGCAUUUCUCCUUGUGUACUAAAAGCUCCCUGAUUUGUAGACCACACCAGAUAUGAAGUCACCCUGGUGGCUCUGAGGACAGAUCCGACGACACCAAGCAGCACAGGAAACAAUGGCGAGUGUUCUCUCUCCCUGUCGGCUGCUAGGCUGCCAGCUCGGUGACUUCAUCAGGCUGCUCCGAACAAAGUGCAGCUCAUCAUAUAGGCUCACACAUGUAGCCACACAAGGGUUUGAUUCCUGCCUCAUGUGUGCAGCAUGUUUGAUCGCCUCCCUCACUUCCUUUAUUAUACGACCACAACAAUGAUCCUCUCAGUUCAUAAUGUUCUGACAUGUGAAGUCAUGCCUGUCUGGCACAGUUAUAACAGAUAAUUUAUUAUCAAUGAAACAAUUAAGCAGAGAGGGGAAGGAGAAAAAAAACUGGCAGGCCUUCUGUUGCGCUGCACAGACGAGUGUUUUCCUGGAUCUCUUUGUUCACGUCCCCGUGGUGUAAGCCAAGCUGUUCUUUCUACACACUCCAUGACAUCCUGUAAUCCAUUAUAUUCUAGUUUCUUUCUUAAAGGGGCCUCAUUGUCCAGUCAAACCUCUGACUAAAGGAUGGAUCCUACAUAAGUUGGAUUAUCACUUUCUUUUAUUUUAUUUCAGCUUUUGCACUUUGUACAGCAAAAGAAACUUAUGACCUGCAUGGGCUGUAUUGUAUACUAUGUAUACAUUUAUUCAGCUCUGUGCAAAAAUAAUGUAAAUACUGUUUUUUUAUCCUCUUUUUUACACAGGCAUUUGUAGGACUUAUGUCUUUGAUUUAAGUAUAUUUAUU